GACAAAGAAAAAGAAGAAACUCUUAUGCUCGUGUAUUCCUGUUGGAUUUGCUGUUUCUGGCCUGUGUUUUUGGACUUGUGAUUUUGCCUGAACCUUUUUGGAGACCUUUGCUUGGACUUUAUUACCGACCUACCUAUUCUGACCUGCUUCUGACACUUGCCUUGCCUAGCCUAGCUGCUGCUACCUGUGUACCGCGAACUCUGCCUACUUUUGCCAUUUUAUGAUUAUUGGCUGAGCCUUACCUGUACCUCUGCGGCAGAGGCGAUUUCUUUAAGACUGCAAGGGAAGUUCGGCUUCCCUUAAAAUGUAAAAAAAUGAAUGGUCAAAUAACAAUUAGCAUGUGAUGGCAGGUCGACUCGAUUUACUUCUCGUACAUUCCCGUUCAGUGCAUUUCCCUGCUGAAGCCUGGCGUCCAUGGGCUGCUUUGAACAGUUUUGUCAGUGCUUCGAAACUAACGUUAUCUGCUAGACGGAAUGCUGCGAUUAUGGGGAGUAGGUUGGUCUGGACGCCGGGCUCUGUGUGAUGGUUGGAUCUGUCGAAAGACUGCAUCUCCAUUUGAUUGACAGCGAUGUUGUAGGCUAUAAAAAGUCGCCGAAGCUGCUCGAGCUUAGUCCCAUCGCAUACAUACACCACAUUCCUUGUUUCUGUUUAACCUAAUCUUUCACAUUUCCUCCUUCGAGUGUAUAUCUUUAGUUCAUUCAUUCAUUCAUUCAUUCAUUCAUAGGGUAGGAGCGUCGUAGGGGUGAACUAGCCAGCUAAACACUGGCAACUGCACACGAUGGCAGACGAUGCUAAUAUUGUCGACCUGAUUUUGGCGAAGCCAUUUGAAAGUCUUCCUUACGAGGAGCAACUUAGAAUUAAACAGCAGGGCAGAUCAACACCUAAGAUUCAUUUAGUGCAAAAGUUAGGGAAAAGAAACCGGUCUUUUCAGUUCUCCUGGUAUGACAAAGUUAGCUGGCUGACUGGAAGUGCUGUGACACAGAAAAUGUACUGUUGGCCAUGCCUCUUAAUGAAACCGUCUCACGGAUGUGUUGUUUGGUCAAAGGUGGGGUUUGGAGAUCUGUCUAACUUUGACAGGGCAUAUAAAAGGCAUGAAAAGAGCAAUGAACAUGUGAGUGCAUGUGCAAGAUUAUGUUGCAUAGGCAGGAUCAUCAAGGUUGAGCAUGCAAUUAAUAUUUGUGUUCAAGUGGCUGAACAUAAUGAAACAGUCAAACAAAACAGGGCCUUUCUAAACCGCCUUAUUGAUGUGGCAUCCUUGCUUGGCCGGCAGGAGCUGUCAUUUAGGGGACAUGAUGAGAGUAAUGAAUCAUCCAACAAAGGGAAUUACAGGGAGUUCAUAGACACAUUAGCUAAAUAUGACUCCGUCCUGUCCACACAAUUCGAGUCCUCAACUGUGUUUUCAGGUAUGUCCCAUACUAUUCAAAAUGACUUGAUCGCUGCUCUUGCAGCCACUGUUUCUGAUGAGAUCAGAGAUGAAAUUCAGGAUGCUCCCUUUUUUGGAUGGCAGGUGGAUGAAACAACUGAUUUAUCCUGCCCUGCCCAACUCUCUGUCAUUGUUCGCUAUGUGGAUAGUGCAGGUACAAUUCAGGAGCGCUUUAUUGGAUAUUUGGAUGUUUCUGGGGGGCGAGAUGCUCAGUCUGUUUUUGAUGUAUUAAAUGAGAACAUGCAGGGCUACAAUUUCAAGGAUAAGCUUGUGGCACAAACCUAUGAUGGGGCUGCUGUCAUGGCUUCAGCUCUCAAUGGUCUGCAGGCCAAAGUGAAAGCAAUAGCCCCCAGUGCAAUGUUUGUGCACUGCUAUGCACACAGACUGAAUCUGGUGCUGUCACAGGGGGCUAAAUGCUUGCCUGAGUGCAGAAUUUUUUUUGCAUCACUAUCUGGGUUUACCACAUUUUUUUCAAAAUCCACAAAGAGGACCUCUUUUCUGGAGUCUGCAGGCUGUUCAAAGUUUCCCAGAAAUGCUUCUCAAUGGAAUUUCACAUCACGGAUAGUGAGCACUGUGGCAAAUAAUUAUGAUUGCCUCUUGCAGAUAUUUGAUAACAUCAUUGCAGAUACGACAAUGGAUGAUGAUACACUGGAUUGUGCCAAAGGCUUUGUGAGGAAACUGGAGGAUUUUGAGUUUGUGUUCAUGUUGUACACAUAUGAACAAAUCUUCUCUGAGACUGAUGUGGCCUUUGAUAUUGUCCAGCAGAGGGCUAUGGAUGUUCUUUACUGCAAGAAAAUAAUUGAGUCUCUAAUUGCAUUUGUCAAAGAGAAGAGGUCAGAGGGGGCUUUCCAAGCUGUUUAUGCCAAAGCAGCAGAUCUCACAUCAGACCCACGAGACGAGCCCACGAGAAAGUGCCGUCUGACCCAAUUGCAGGAUCCCCAAGAGCGCUACAGAAAUCUGUAUAUGGCCGUCCUUGAUAACAUCGUGGAGCAGAUUUCUCAACGUUUUUCAAAUUUGGAAAAUAUGCUCUUCUUAGAAUUAGUCAAUCCGGGGAAAUUUGAUGACAUGAGACAAGUGUUUCCAGAGAAGGCCUUCCAAAGUGUCCUGAAAAGUUAUGGCCAUCACUUUGAUUCAGGGAGACUGAGGUCUGAACUUCAAGUCCUGUAUUCAGAUCAGGACUUGCAGGGUAACAGGGGAAAGCUGUGUGAUUACUUGGUGUUCCUUAAAUACAUGGAGUUGGACAGUGCAAUGCCUCAGCUUUACAAACUGUUCUCAUUAGUGGCAACAAUUGGAGCUACAUCUGCAGGUGUAGAAAGGAGCUUCUGUUUAAAGCGGCUCAAGUCCUACACCUGUAACACAAUGGGCCAAGGCUGUUUAAGCAGCCUAGCUCUGCUGGCCAUUGAGAGGACACUGGUCAAAUCGCUGGAAAAGACGCCUACUUGGUACGACAGGGUCACAGAUAAUUUUCUUGAAAAAGAACAUAGGGAGGAAUUUACGUAUAAAGAAAUGGACAAUUUGUAUGAUGUAGGCCUAAAAUGAGCUUCCCCUCUUUGAAAGACCAGCCACUGCUUUGCUGUGCUUUUUUUUAAUAUUUUCUGAGUUGAUGCUGCCUACCAAGUGGUCUAUUUGUGUUUAGCAUUAAAACCUACAUAACCUAC